AUGCGCUUUACACUUUCUUCCCUUGCCCUGUUGGCCGCAGCCACGACCGUCGCUGCUAAGAAUGUUGUCACAGUGGCUAUGCCAGAUGAUAGCGAUGGCAGUGAGACGAGUGCUUCUCUGGACAUCGACUUCAAAAUUAUUGGCAUUGUACGAUUCCUAGCACCCCGUCAGAUGUACAUCCAUAUCCUGAAGCGUGAUAUACUAACGAACCAAAAACCACAGAAUGGUUCCACGACGUCGUUCGUACCCAACUGUCCCGCAGGCAGUACCGCUACGAUCACCGCCAGCGCGAGCACUGCUACCGAUGACAGCUCCUUGAACUGUGAUAUGACGUUGGUUUCUGGCUCAAAGACCUUGCGGUUGGAAUAUGAAGGCGAGGACUUUUACCGUUGCGAUAUGGGCGAUAAGAGCGCUACUUGCUAUCAAACAUGGACGACAACAAGUGGAACAUCGACCAUUGGAACAUCUGUCACUACGGAUCAUUACCCUAUUACCUCCGUGACCAUCACCGUCGCAGCUACGGCUGCCUCGGUUACACCCACGGCUUCGGCCUCUGCUUCUGUUAAGGCGAGUGUCAGUGGAGCUGCCAACGCGACAUCGACCAGCGCGAGUGCCAGCGCAAGCGCGUCGAACACUGACAAUGCUGCUAUGGGUCUGCCUACUGGCCACGCCUUCUUGGCUGCCGGGGGUGCAGCCAUGGCCCUUGCUCUAGCCAUCGCUUAG